AUGAAAGCCGCACGAACAGCUCUCUUCGUCUCCGCAACCACUGCUUUCCUCGUGCUUUCCACUCAGGCGAGCAACAACAGCAAAGAAGAGCAAGCGAUUUGGCUCGACCGGCACAACUACUUUCGCACGACGGGGUUGCCAUGGUCGGCUGGGAACAUGCGCCGCAUCGGGUGGGACGCGGCGCUGGCAACCCGAGCUGCGGCAGCGGCUGCCACUUGCUCCGCUACGACGGCACGAGGUGUGAACGUCUUUCGCCGGUCUCCUUCGGGCGACGUGUCGUCAGCGAUUGACGAGGCGAUUCAGGAGUGGGUCGUUGAGACGGCCGUGGCAACGAUUCAGACCAUGGCCCAGCCAGGCUCGACUGGCCUUGACGUCGGCGUCGAUAUCUACAAUACCUACUCGCAAGUCGUCUGGGCCUCCACUUCGCUCGUGGGGUGUGCGGCAAGCGAAUGUGCCGACGGGAACCUGGUCGUGUGCGGUUAUUCGCCAGCUGGCAAUGACGGCGAGUCGGCUUGGUACCAUCACGCCCCCCAAGCGUCCGAGUGUCCCGGGGCGACGGUAGCAUCGUAUGGGUUAUGCAUCCAAGAGGGCGACGAGGCGAACGAUCGGAUCGCUGCGAUUCCUACUGGAAGGUAUUCGUAUCAGGUGUAUCCAGCGUUCGUGUCGGACGUUCAGGCCAUUCUUAUCACGACGGCGCGCGAGAUCGCUACCGGCAAGAAGAUUGCGCCGCGUCGCAGCACCGAAGAGCUUCGGAACAACAGGAAGACAGAGCCAACGACGAGGGACAGCGAGUCGGGCAGUGAAGGCUAUCCGCCGAGCUUGUCGAGGAAAGGCGGACGUGCGACGAACGCAUCGUCCGAGUACGAGUUCUCGUCGUCUGCGUCCGUCAGGACGGAAGGUGGUGGCACCGACGUGCCUCAGGGGAAAGUGAAGGCAGGUUCGGACGCUGACUCGACGUUCCAGAAUGACAUUGAGUCUUCCGAACGGCGCAAGUCGAGCAGCCCGGCGCUCAAAGAGCAACGCGCCACCACACAAAAGGAUAUAUCGUUGUCAACCAGUGAGGGCCAUUCCAAAAGCGCCGAGUCGGAAGUGGCAUCGUUUCGGCAGAUGCUUGGCAUGUAUUUCCUCGGAAUGGGCGCAGUGGCCGGGAUCCUCUUCUUUGUGCACUACACGACGCCUCCUAAACGAUACUGCACCUUCCAGUACAGUAUGGCCACAGACAAGUCGAAGGCCGCGGUAGCAGCGCUCGAGAGGUUCGUUGAUACUGAGCAAGAGGAGGUCAAGCUAGACAAGUCUAAAGCAGCAAAAGGGGACGCGUCGCGGCUGAACGACAGUGUCUACGACUGGACCCGAACGUAUGAGCAAUGGGACGCGUGGGAAGACCCGGAAGAACUUGCAAAGCAGGAACAGGCGACUCGAGACCGGCGUGAACGUACCUCCAGAACUCAAUUGGGCUGUGCGCACGACCACUCUGCCGAGCAAAAGUUGAUGGACAUGACAACUGCAGCGAAAUUGGCAGCGUGUGAGGAGUUUCGAGUGCUCGGUAACCGUUCCUACGAGCACGGCCAGUACCAACGAGCUGCACUGCACUAUCACAAAGCACUCGUGUACUUUGAUUAUGUGUUUACAGACACGGACGAAGAGGAAGCAGAGGCAGAGGCACUCAAGCUGAAGGCGUUGCUGAAUGUUGCAGCCUGUAGACUCAAGACGGUGCAUCUUGACGACGCCGUGCACCAUAUUGACCAGGCACUGGAAAUCGAUGCCGGUAACGUGAAGGCGCUCUAUCGUCGAGCACAGGCUUUCCGACGGAUGGACAAGUUUGAUCUCGCGCAACGAGAUCUUGCGUGUGCAUUGAGACUUUGCAGAGCUGCAGAUGAUUCGCAGUCAGUAGCUUUGCAUUUGAUGCAAGAAAAGAAGCUGCUGCAAGCGAAAGCACUUAAUUACAAGUUGCGAACGAAGCAAGUGUCGGAUGCGAUGUUUGGCAACAGAGCACCACAAGACAAGGCGCUGCUGCGUCCCACGCCUGAAAGUGCCAAUGGACGUCGAAUUCAAGAUGGGGGCACAAUGAAUCUCAGUUUGUCAAAGAGGUCUGACUCGAUCCUGACGUCGUUUUGUGAUGAUUACAAGUGUUGGAGCGCGUUUCAGCCAUCUACUCGAGGACUAGACGAACUUCAGACAUUGAUAUCGACGCCUGACGAGCGAACGAUGGAGACCUGA